AUGAGCAGCGAAAAUGGAUCCGAACACAGUGCCAACGCCUCAUCCGUGAUUUCUAUAUCACCCGCGUUUCUUACCUCUAACGACUUGAUCUCGGAACUCUGCAAGGACCAGGGCGGGGACAUUAUUAAACUGCACCUUGUGCGGGGACGAGACAUAUUUAAGAUACCAUCAAUACAUUGGCACCGCCGUGCUUGCCUCAAAAAACGCGAUGAUGGUGGCUCUGGGCUAUUCAGAGGAGGCACGGAAAGUUGCCAGACGACCUUGUCGAGAAAAUCCGUGCCCAUAGAGGCCCAGACCACCAAUCCAUUUCGGACAGGCAUCUACUUUGUCUGUGACGGCGUCUCACUGUCUCAAAAUAUAACAAUACAAGCUACAAUAUUAGUAUUCAAGACAAUGGAUGGGAACAAGAGUGGCCCAGAAAUAUACCCAGACAGCCCGAUGCCAAGUUACCACCCACCUUCGCCUGGACCCGAUAUAGGCACCACCAUGCUUGCCUCAAAAAACGCGGUGGAAACGAUAGUGGUUCUGGACUAUUCAGAGGAGGCAUGGAAAGUUGCAAGGGAGGCACCGUGCACAGUCCUCCUCUGCACGCUAGACGACCUUGUCGAGAAAAUCCGUGCCCAUAGAGGUCCAGACCACCAUUCAGGAAACCGAUCCGUUAGCAGCAGAGCAACUAGUCCAAUACCUCAUAGACCAAUUAAUCGGACUUACUAA